AUGCUUUGGCGUACUGUUUUUCUUUCAACAGCACUGUCAUUAUGUAGUCCGUCCGUUGCGAGGGUGGCACCAAUGAUAACAUGGGUCGAAGAUGGUUACAACCUCAUUGCAAAACUACCUUGUGUCAGCUGCCCGUUCUUGUAUCAGGAUACAUCCAAAGGGGAGGACCAACGAUGGUCUAAAAAAACUGCUGCCAAUUCUCUCCUCCUCAACAUCAGCCUCCCCUACACCACCCCCACCCUCUCCAUCAACCAAUCUCCCCUCCCACCUCCCGCCUCCACCACCAAACUCCCCCUCAUCCACGCCCCCCAGGUCUACCACGACAUCUCCCAGGCCGACCUCACCUCCCUCAUCUCCUCAAACCAACUCGACACCUCCGGCAGCGCCUCCUUCGGCCUCUCCUACGCCUACUCCAUCCGCCACAUCCCCGGCAAACCAGCUCUCUUAUUCCAAUUCGACGUCCUGGAAAUCCUAUCCGACGUCCCACCAGAGGCGCCCGUAAGAUUCAAACUCCAAGCCUCAUCGCAGCAAAUGCUGCAAAUCGUCCUACUCAGGAAACCACUGCUCUCUGCCGCCGAUCCCGACGACGCUUAUGAAAUCGUCCGAGCGGAGCUGGUACCCCGGACCGAGGCUGCGAAAACUGCGGCGGCGCAGCAGCGGCGGACGAUGGUGUAUUCGGAUUGGGAUUCCUUUGGGAGGAAAGGCACGGCGGCGCAUUUUGCGUCGUCGUUUGGGGACUGGUUGGUGGGUUAUCUCGAUUCGGGCGUGUGGGGGUUGGUGGUGUUUGUUUUGGGGGUUAUGGCGGUUUUCGUGGUCGUGUGCGUGGCGUGUAUGUUUGGGUGCGAGGUGUGCUCGGAUGACUAUGAGAGGGCGCAGAAUGGGAAGGUGAGGGAGGGGAGGAAGAGGAGGGGGAGGGGGAGGGCCGCGGAUGUGGAGAGUGGGUGGAGGGAGAGGACGAGGGGGAAGGGGAAGGGGAGGUUUAAGACGCCCGAGGAGUUGGGGUUGUUGGGGAGGGGGAGGGUGGUGGGUGUUGGGAAGAGUGAUUAG